CUUUCAUUCAAAAUAACGUCACGCAGUGCGAUUACUAAAUUCGGAAACGCUAUAAAGUUUGUAUAGAGCGGGUAAUACACAGGUUGAUGCUUCGUUGGAUUUGCUGGAAAUUUAACAAAUUCCCGUCUGUACAGAGAGAGAAGAAAGAGAUUCUCUACAACUCUCGUCUUCAUCGGGAUCUUAGGGGUUUCGAUUUAUUGAGCUCCAAUGUCUUACGCUUAUCUCUUCAAGUAUAUCAUCAUCGGCGAUACUGGAGUAGGGAAAUCAUGCCUUCUGCUUCAGUUCACGGACAAGAGGUUUCAGCCGGUGCAUGAUCUCACCAUCGGUGUUGAGUUUGGGGCUAGGAUGAUCACCAUCGACAACAAGCCCCUCAAACUCCAGAUCUGGGACACGGCUGGUCAAGAAUCCUUUAGGUCUAUUACAAGGUCCUACUACAGAGGUGCUGCAGGGGCAUUGCUUGUCUACGAUAUCACUAGGAGGGAGACAUUUAACCAUCUAGCCAGCUGGCUAGAGGAUGCAAGGCAGCAUGCUAACGCUAAUAUGACCAUUAUGCUCAUUGGGAAUAAGUGUGAUCUUUCCAGCCGAAGGGCAGUCACCACAGAGGAAGGUGAGCAGUUUGCAAAGGAGCACGGUCUUAUUUUCAUGGAGGCCUCUGCCAAGACUGCUCAGAACGUCGAAGAGGCAUUUAUUAAGACAGCGGCAACAAUAUACAAGAAGAUUGAAGAUGGUGUGUUUGAUGUGUCAAAUGAGUCGUAUGGAAUAAAAGUGGGAUACGGAGGAAUCCCUGGGCCAUCAGGUGGUAGAGACGGUUCCACACCGCAAGGAGGUUGCUGCGGCUAAUAUAUUAAUAAUGGUGUCUAUAUCAUCACGUAAAAAACAAUCAUCACAUGAUGAUUUAAGCAAAAACUUCUCUGAUUCUUUUUUCUACAGUUGUAAAUCCAUUUUGAUGUUUGAUUUGGUGACUUGUGUUCUGGUGAAUCUCGGAACGGAUUAUUAAUUUAUCUAAAAGAAGUGUGUUUGAUUA